AUGUCUAGCGCAGAAGCGAAACUUCGUUCCCUAAAAGUUCCAGAACUUAAAGAACUACUAAACAAAAAAGGUCUUCCUGUUUCUGGAAAAAAAGAAGAUCUGAUAAAUCGAUUGUUGACUUUUGAAGUUGGCGAGAAAGUGACAACUACCACCACUACUACUGACAGUAGCAAUAUUAGCAGUCAUAAUAACAACAGUACUGGUAGAAAUACCGGUAAUAAUAGUAUUAAUAUUAAUACUAAGACCCAGAAUAAUAGCGGCAUCAUUAGUAAUGGUGAUAAUAAUGCAAGUGGUGUUGCUGGUGAUAAUGAUACGAAAACGGGUGAUACAGAUUUGUUUGAGAAAGAUAUUGUGAAUUCACCGGGUGACCCUAAUUCUGCACUUGACACGGAUUUUGAUUGGGACGACAUAAAGUUGACCACUGAUGAGUUUAAUGAUGUUGUCAAAGAUGCCGAACUAGACUCGUUACACUCUCUCAGCUCACCCAUAGAAAGAACAACAGACAAAUCAAAAAUGGACAACACGUUAGAUAAGAAGCCAGGCACCACCUCUACCAUCACCAAUACAUCCACAUCGAUCGCAGAUUCGCAACGGGCUUUCACCUCCACAACAGAACCAGAAAUAGUUGUAAAACCCACGGGAUUUAAAUGCAAGAAAAUUACCUUUAAUGCUCCGUCGCAACCGCAGCAAUCCAUCCCAGCCCUUAACCAAUCUAAUGAUAGUAAUAUAAGUUCUGAAUUGGAAAAACGAAAGAAACGUGCCGAGCGAUUUGGAGUUACUCUCAAUGAGACUGAUAAAAAAUUAGAAAGAGCGGUGAAAUUUGGUCUUCAAAUGUCGAGUCCUGUCGAUUCUCCUUUAAAAGCCGAAAGACCUAUUCCUCAAAAAAAGACUGCAACUGAUGAUGAUGAAAAAUUGAGACAACGUACGGAGAAAUUCAAUCUUACAAAUGUUGCUGCCGAUUCCAGUUCAUCUAAUGAUGCAUGGACGACACCUGAAAGAAGAAAUUCAGUAAACUCAUUGAAUGAAGAGGAAAGGAAAAGAAUCAGAGCACAAAGAUUUUCCUCUUCUUCUACCACUACAACUACUGCUUCCAUCAUUACUGAUGAGGAAGAAAAGAAACGGAAAAGAGCCGAAAAGUUUGGUCUACCUGUUAUUGACACGGAGGAGGAAAAGAGAAAAAAGAGAGCAGAAAAAUUUGCGACAGAAAGUGCUAAUAAUACAUCAUCAUCACCAAAUGUUACCACUUCAUCGGCAAUAUCUGCCCCUGGUGGUAGUAAUUCAGCGAGCUCUUUAAGCGAAGAAGAUAAGAAAAGAAAAAGAGCCGAACGUUUUAACAAAUCUCCGACGGAUGAGCCACAAAAUAAGAAAAUCAAAACCUGA